UCACUCGAGUUUUAUUCGAGAGCAACAACCGUGCGAGUUGGACGUCUAUUUUCGAGUUUGUCGUGUUGACGGUUAAACCUAAGCUAAUACCUAAAAUAAUAUUUUUUUUAAAUUUCAAUUUCAAUUUCUUAAAGUGCAAUUUUGUGCUAUUUUAAAUUUUGUGAUUUUUUUAUAACGUCGGCAAGCUUUAAACAAAAUAAAAGUUUCCUUGUCUGCCUUAAUUUGGUGUCUUAAACGCUACUUGUACGUCAUAUGAAGACCGGCUAAACGCCAAUACAAACACGCAGACACAGACAGCUUCUGUCCCUAAUACUUAACUACUCCAACAGUGCUCCAGUGUGCACGCACAGCUUCCAAAGCAAACAAGCACAAAAACUGCCACAACUUCACAUAACAGCACAAAAAGUAUCUGCCAGCGCAUUCUCAUACAGUACAAAAGCAUUUAACAACACCCAGCACACAGCACACAGCAUAAAUCUUACAGCAUCCAGAACCCAGAAUCGAGCAUCAAGCAGCUAACAACUAACAGCCAGAAUCAUGUCUGACGGUAUUGAAGUUGAACAAAUGGUCGAAACCAAACCAAGAAGGAUGCCCGUAGCUACUUCCUUGGAUAAAGAUGCAAUUCGUGAAGCAUAUGAAGAUGUACGUUCUGAUCUCACAGACACGGAAUGGGCCGUCUUUAAGUUUGAUGGACCUCGUAUAUUAUGUACGGCACGUGGACAAUGCUUUGAAGAGUUCCGUAACCAAUUCGGUGACAAUGAACGUGCAUUCGGUUAUAUUAGAAUACAAAUGGGUGAUGAAAUGUCGAAGAGGAAAAAAUUCAUCUUUCUAACAUGGAUCGGUCAAGAUGUUGGUGUAAUUCAACGUGCUAAAAUGUCUACAGAUAAGGCACUCAUUAAGGAUGUAUUAAAUGUAAGACCAAUAUAUAUGUAAUACAUUUCUUGUUUG